AAGAAUUAACUUUAGAAUCAACUGUGAUCAUAAAAGGUGUUAUCAACAAACUACCAGAAGGUAAAUCAGCUCCAGGUGGAGUUGAAUUAAAAGCUGAUUAUUAUGAAAUCAUUGGUUUAGCCCCAGCUGGUGAUGAAUCAUUUACCAACAAAGUUCAAGAAAACGCUGAUCCAUCUUUAUUAUUAGAUCAACGUCAUUUAGCCUUAAGAGGUGAAACUUUAUCUGCCGUCAUGAAAGUCCGUGCUACUUUAUUAAAAUCAAUUAGAAGAUUUUUCUAUGAAGAAGGUCUUUUAGAAGUUACUCCACCAUGUAUGGUUCAAACUCAAGUUGAAGGUGGUUCUACUUUAUUCAAAAUGGAUUAUUAUGGUGAAGAAGCUUAUUUAACUCAGUCAUCUCAAUUAUACUUAGAAACUUGUUUACCUGCUUUAGGUGAUGUUUUCUGUGUUCAAGAAUCCUUCAGAGCUGAAAAAUCUCAUACUAGAAGACAUUUAUCAGAAUAUACUCAUAUUGAAAGUGAAUUGGCAUUUAUAGAAUUUGAUGAUCUUUUAUCUCAUCUUGAACGUCUUAUCACUAAAACCGUUCAAUACGUCCUUGAAGAUCCAAUUGCUGGUCCAUUAAUCAAACAAUUAAACCCAGAUUUCCAACCUCCACAAAUGCCAUUCAAAAGAAUGGAAUAUAUUCAUGCUUUAGAUUGGUUAAACGAACAUGGUAUUCCAAACGAAGAUGGUGAACCAUUCAAAUUCGGUGAUGAUAUUGCUGAAGCUGCUGAACGUAAAAUGACUGAUACCAUUGGAGUUCCAAUUUUAUUAAUACGUUUCCCAGUUGAAAUUAAAUCUUUCUAUAUGCAAAAAUGUGCUGAUGAUCCAAGAGUUACUGAAUCAGUUGAUGUUUUAAUGCCAAACGUUGGUGAAAUCACUGGUGGUUCUAUGAGAACUUGGGAUUAUGAAGAAUUAAUCGCAGGUCUUAAGAGAGAAAAAUUAGACUUAGAUUCAUACUAUUGGUUUACUGAUCAAAGAAAAUAUGGUACUUGUCCACAUGGUGGUUACGGUUUAGGUACUGAAAGAAUCUUAGCUUGGUUAUGUGACAGAUUUACCGUUAGAGACUGUUCAUUAUACCCAAGAUUCACAGGUAGAUGUAAGCCAUAAUCGAUAACAACAAGUUUACCGUUCGUAGAUAUGAUAAAACAUUUAGAUGUAUGUAUAUAAUAAUGUAAAUUGUUUAUAUUCUUUUAAACCGCUAAUAUAUACAUUUAUGAGUCAAAAAAUUAAUUA